AGUUGAAGUCCCAGCAGCCGUACACCAUGUGUUUCCGGGUCAAGUUUUAUCCCCACGAGCCAAUGAAAAUCAAGGAGGAGCUCACCAAGUACCUCCUGUACCUCCAGCUGAAGAGAGACGUCUACCACGGUCGCCUCCUUUGUCCUUUUGCUGAAGCUGCAUAUCUUGGAGCCUGCAUCAUACAGGCUGAGCUCGGGGACCACGACCCAGAGGAGCACCCGUCAGACUACAUCCGAGACUUCAAGCUGUUCCCUAAACAGACCCUCAAGCUGGAGAGGAAGAUCAUCGAAAUACACAAGAACGAGCUCAGGGGCCAGUGUGCUUCAUUUGCUGAGUUGAACAUGCUCCAAAGGGCUCACAGCCUCGAGACUUACGGAGUCGACCCUCACCCAUGCAAGGAUUUCACAGGCUCCACAGCCUUUCUCGGGUUCACAGCCACAGGUGUUGUGGUCUUCCAGGGAAACAAGAGGAUCCACCUCCUCAAAUGGGUGGAUGUUAGCAAGCUGAAGUUUGAAGGGAAAACCUUUUACGUCAUCGGGGUCCAGAAAGAGAAGAAACUGGUGUUGACAUUUCACACCACGACCCCUGCUGCGUGUAAGCACUUAUGGAAGUGCGGGGUGGAGAACCAAGCCUUUUACAAGUGUGCGAAGUCAAGUCAGAUAAAGACAGUUUCCAGCAGUAACAUCUUCUUUAAAGGAAGCCGGUUCAGAUACAGUGGAAGAGUUGCAAAGGAGGUGAUAGAAGCCAGCUCAAAGAUUCAGAGAGAGCCACCAGACGUGCGCAGAGCCCAGUUUGGUCAGAGUCGAAGUUUUAGCUCUCUUAGCCAUAAAAACCUCAUCAUGAACAUGGAGCCACUGGUACCUGCACUGCCCACCACCAACGAGUACGAGGAGACGGCGACAGACACUGGUGUUGUUGCUGUAAAGGACUCUGUCCCCCUGUCGCCCUUAAAACCUGCAGCUGCACCUGCAGACACAGAGCAACAAAGUAAUGAAGGAACCUCUGCUUUAUGCGAUGACCUGCAUCCUUCCGGUGUUUCCAUGGAAACCUCAAAUCUCCGACCUCAGACGCCCAAAGCUGAAGAUAAAGUGGAGGAAGAUGACGAGGCCAGCGGAGCUCUCACCAUUUCUGAGCUUGUCUACAGUCCUUGUGCCAGCAUGCUACCCACCCCAGUGGACGACAGUCAGGGAGUCGUGGACUUGCUCUUCUCCUCUCUGGUCCAGAGCCCAGCCAGGAUGCUGAGGGAGCUGCAUGCCGACCCUGACAUCCAGGCCCGGCUGGAGGCUGAGAGGGAGCGAGACCGGGCCUACGAACGCUCCCGGAUGGCUGCCAGAGGUGGAAUGGGUGGCGUCCUGACCAGCAGCCUAUGCCUGCUAUCGUCUAAUGAAAGAGUCAAUGCAUGUGUGCUGAGUGUGGCCCGCUUUGUUGCCGUGGUAAUGGGUAUCUUGCUUGUCACUGUGCCCACACUGCUGCUCCUGCUGGAGUCAGACAUCGACGUGUCGUUCCUCCAUGAGAUCCGCCAGACGCCGGAGUUUGAGCAGUUUCACUACGAGUAUUACUGCCCGCUCCGGCGCUGGAUCCUGUGUAGGAUCAGCAUGGCCAUGGAGAACCUCUGGUCCGACUGAGGAAGAAGAGGAGGAGGAGGAGGAGGAGGAAAAGAAGAGGCCGGAGAGUCACUGCAUCUUAAUAUGUAAAUUAAUCUUAUAUUCAGUUUAAACAACUGGUGAGACAAAACAACCAGUCUGCCAACGGGAUGAGGUUAUUUCACUUGUUUCAGAGCAAGUUCAGUUUAUUUUAAGAGCAGGUGCAAUGGAGCGCUCACCAAAUUGCAGUCAUGUGAUUUGGUUAAAAAAAGAGGCCUGAGAUGGAUAAUGUUGGCCUGUUUGAUUGAAUUACACGAUAACAAGUAGAUUAGUUUCACCUCUUUGGCAGCAUAAAUUGAAUUCUUGAAGAAAAGAGAGAUAGAAGAGAAAUACAAUUAUGAUUAUAGUAUCCAAUCACUUGUUCAGAGACUUUCGGCAGUGAUGAACUAAAAAGAAAGAACAAGGUAGAAUGUGAGUGUUUGAGGAAAUGACUGUGGAGUGGGGAGGUUCACGGAAAUUAAAAAAACAAUGUAAGUCGUGGAGAAAGAGAAAGUCUAAAAAAGAUUUAAAAAAGAAAUAACUGGUGGAUUUUCAUUUUUAGAACUUUAGAAAGUCUGUUCACUCCUGAUGCUGACUGCCGGGUGCACUGACUCUUUGGUAAAUAGCGCUAACCAUUCUGAUUGGUUCUCGCCUUCGGAUCAGAUGAUUGGUCACAGAACCUGUCAGUCAUGGCGGAGUGGGUGGGGACAGAAAGAGAAGUUAUUGAUUUGUCACUGGACACAACAAUAGCCACAGUCAAAGGUACAUUAUAUAUAUUUAAAAACAAAAGAGAAAUAUUGAUAAUGAGUACCUAUCUUAAAUAAGUUGUUUUUAACGUUUUGUACAUUUGUAUGUGAUCCAGAUCUUUCAGGAAUUUUUCAGUCAGAGGAUCUACUUUGAGCUUAUUUAAAAAAAUUAAGAGUUUACAAAAGAUUACAAAAAAAGCAAAUUUAUUGAAGUUUAUCGGGGUGAAGAGUGUUGAGAAAUUCAAGAUAUUUUUUAAGACUCCCGUCAGCAUUUGUUCACCCGGUAGCACCCUAGGUUUUUCCUACAGAGGCGAUAGCACAACUCUUUUACACGAACCACAGAUUGCUACUGUUUCAGAUUAUGUGAUGUCAUUUUGGAAACAGAAGGGCAGCAGAGGAGAGAAACUUUAGUCUGUUUGUGAUGAAAAAACUUGUGUAUUGUUGAACUUCUAAAUGUCGUCUGAACUAAAUGUUUGCUCUUUAAUUAAGGCUACUCGUGCAUCUUUCCGUGUGUUUUCAGAGAGUUUCAACAUAAAUGUAUGAAGAAAUGCAAAGGGCCAACAAGGUUACUCAUGAGCUCAUGAGGAAAAGUUACUGUGUCGUAAUCGUCGAUAAAACCGUGAUUUGGGGUCAUUUGUGAGUCGAUGGUGUGCUACUGGUGAGAGAGCCCUGUGUGUAUUUCAGAGGGAUUUGAAGUGAUAGGAUGGUACACUUAAAAUGCCCAGAGGAACAUGUGUGUGUACGUCAAGCUGACAGUUACUACGUUACACAUGAUGGGACAAGUGAAGCGCGUAAUGGUCUAAAUCUCUCAGCCAGGUCGUUCUCUGGUCGUAUGACUGGUCGACUGAACGAAUGUGGCAGAGUACGAGUACAGUUGCAGGUAUUUAAUUUAGGAAAUGUAGUCACUAGAUUAGAUUAGAAAUGAUUUGUAGCCAUUUCUAUUCAGAUAUGUGAUGUGUUUAUAAUUUAGAUGGCUACAACUGUUGCUGCCUGCAUUCCUUCUCAUUUUAAUGUCAGUGACCAACAAGUUAUAUUUGCAGUCACAUCUCUGACACCCUCCCUCCCAAAAGGUCUGGAGGGAGGGUGUCAGAGAUGAAAAAUAUCAAGGUUAAAACCCAGAUUAUUUUGUUCAAAAUAAUAUCUAUUUGCUACAGAAAUAUAGAAAUAAACUGAAGAUGUGUUGGUCUUUGUAAUGCAGUUUAUUGUGAUGUACUUUUACAAAGUUAAGGUCACAGUAUGAAACAUAACAGAGACUUAUACAAUAACCUUUUGACUCAACUCAUCAUUGGGCUAAAGACUCAAUCAGAGACUUGUAGCUGAUGAUCCAUGGCAUCGGUCACUUCUGUAAAUGUACAGCCGUCACUGUGUGAUCGGUCACAUCCAGACAGGGCCUGUCUGUUACAGCAUCGUGGCUCAGCAUGGAGAAGACUACUGGACUCUGGACUGUAAAGCGACUUCGAGUGUCUAGAGAAGCGCUAUAUAAAAUAAAUGAUUAUUAUUAUUAUUAUUAAGAGAACAGAGAGCAACAGAGAGGAGAAACUACAUCAAAUCAAAUGUUUGUUUUUUUGUUUCGUUUUUAUUAUAGCUCAAAAUGUAGUUCAAUUUGGAUCAACUUCUCAGGAAAGGCUUAUUAGCAGUUUAUGUUCAAAAUAACAAAUACAUGUCUCAAAAAUAAAAAAAAGGAAAGAAAAAAUGCAUCUAAUCACAGCAUACAACAUAAAAUAACCAUAACCUUCAUACUGAACAAGUCCUGCUAUUGUGCUAAUAUGAAUAUCCAAACACCUUAUAUAUUGAUAUGAAGUCAGUAGCUGGAUUUAAAUACGGCCGUGUUGUUAUACCACAACGACAAAUGCAAACAUGUCCCCUAAAAUGUGUUUACUGUUGACUGCAUUGUGGCCAUCAUAGCUGAACCUCCAUCUUGCUCUAUUGCAGAGUGAACUGUCAGUCGGUUCUAGAUCGGCAGAUCGAAGCUCUCAGUGUUUAGGCUCCUGUUCAAUAAAUCUCUCUCCGCACAUCACCAUCAAAGCCCUCGUAUUAUAAUCGAUCAAAUGUUGCUGCCUCAAACUAUCAGCUACUUUUUCGUGGAACUCUGUCAGGCAUCAACAAACUUUAUGCAUAUAGAAAAUAUGCAGUCACAAAAGAAGCACGCGUAUUUGGGACAAAGCAUUUAUUUUCCUACUACAGCAUGCACUGAGUUUCAAUGAUGAAACCAAGGGCCAAACCACUUUGAUGACAAUGUGUGCAUUUAACAUCACAGACUCUGAGCUUCACUGUAGCGGAUGAAGCUGAUCUAUUUGCACUGCUCUAUGAUCACCAUCAUCACAUGAUAACUAACGGGUCGGGGGGAUAUCAUCCUGUUAUUUACCUGUUGCUCCUCCAGUAUGCACAUGCACCAAAAUGCUCGAGUGGUUCUCUGCAGAUCUAAAUACGCGUUUCUCUGUCUUCAUGUACACAGCUGGACAGACGUAGUUUGUCCUUUGGUCCUUUAUUUCUGUGCUUCAUCCUCCUCUAACGAACCCGGGGUGUCUCUUACUCUGACCUCUCAAUGCAAAUCGCAUGCCCUCAUCUGUAAAUACUGUGUUUAUAGUUGUGGCAAAACAAAAAAUCCUUCCUUCCCUCUCUGUGUCUUGUCCCUGAAAGCGUUCUCGAUGUAGGCUUGGCUGUCUUGAUCAUCUUAGAUGAAUGCAUGUUUUCUGUGAUUUCUUUCCAAGAAGUGGAAGAGGAAACACAUUGAGGCAUUUAAGUAUUUUCUCUCAAUACAAAAUAGGCAUUGGUCAGCUGAUCAGUUUUGUGAUCACAUUUAAAAAUCAAAACAUGUCAUGCAGUGUGCUUUGGGCUUACUUUUAACCAUUGGCUUGACAAGACUGAAUACAUGUGGUUGAUAAUUAUUUUUAGCUUCUUUUGAGCUGAUCUGGAAAAAAAUGUCUGAGGACAAAAAGAAAAACAUCUGUAAAAGAUCAUUUUACCACCUCUUAGAGAGUGAUUAGCUUUAUUGCGCUUUUGCUGUGUGUAAUAAAGCCCAUCCCUAAAUGCUAACACCCUAACCUCAUUGCUAACGCAGCAUGCUAUUAACUGAUUGAAUUCAGAAACAUGAAUUGUUUAGGUGCUCAUGUUUUUUUUUUUUACCUAACGUGAGUGAAUAGAAAGUAAAACUACACAUCGUCUUAUUGCAAAAAACAAAAGGCCUUUCAGUUCUGUAUCCAACAGAUAUUUGGUCCCAUAUGACUCUGUAGCAUUUUAUUAGUUUGUAGCUCAUUCAUCAGGAAGGAAUUUCUCCCCUUUGAGAUGUAGCUCUUGUUUUGAGAUACUGAACUUGAGCUCUUGUGUUUUACAGCAUACAGAUCGACCGAGAGUACAGCUUGUGUUCCCUGUACGUACAUAAAACUGUGAUUAAAAACAUCAAGAUCACUCAGCAGUUGAUAUCAUAUCUGAGGUUUCACUGUAUUACUAAGUUCCUGACAUGAGUCAAGUAUUUAUAAACCUAAAAUUUAAUUUCCUGCCUUUAAUUAUAAGAAAAGCUUCACAGACAACCAAAUCCUUGAAUUCAAAGCUGUUUUAAUCUAAUACACAACUUGCAUGAUUUAUUUAAGAUUUUAAAUAUUUGAACUCAGGUCUACUAUUAUGCAAAACUAUUGGACAUCACGUGGUAAAAGAGAAAAAUAAGCUGUUUAACAUAUUAUUUCUGUGUUGUGUGGGCAUGUACAGUAGCAGAUUCUCUUGCACGGUCACUUUGUUCUUUUUGAUUGUUAGUCAAACUGAUUUGUUGUUUUAUUGGUUAAUCAGAUUUUUUUUUGUCAUUCAGUCUCUUUUAAUAAUAAACUCUGGGAGAAUUAAUUUAAGAAUCAGAAAGAAAUAAAACAUCCCUAAAUAAUGACUCCCCUCUCUUCUGGGACAACCAAGCCUUAUGAACUUUGUGAAGUAAAACUUUUGAAUGUUUGUAUGUUAUAAAAAUGGAUUGUUUUAUAUGUUAAUACUGCCACAUUAAAGCUCCCUAUUGAAUAUAUAUUGAAAUAUGGUGCCUACGGUGUGGAUUAUUUUAGAUGUUUGUUUAUUGUGGUCAACAAAGCUUUCGAAAAUGUAUCUCAAUGUAUUACCAUAUAAAGUAUAUAUACAUAUACACUACCAUUCAAAAGUUUGGGGUCACCCAGACAAUUUCGUGUUUUCCAUGAAAACUCACACUUUUAUUUAUCAAAUGAGUUGCAAAAUGUAUAGAAAAUAUAGUCAAGACAUUGACAAGGUUAGAAAUAAUGAUUUGUAUUUGAAGUAUUAAUUUUUUUCUUCAAACUUUGCUUUCGUCAAAGAAUGCUCCUUUUGCAGCAAUUACAGCAUUGCAGACCUUUGGCAUUCUAGCUGUUAAUUUGUUGAGGUAAUCUGUUGAAAUGUCACCCCACGCUUCCUGAAGCACCUGCCACAAGUUGGAUUGGCUUGAUGGGCACUUCUUGGGACCAUACGGUCAAGCUGCUCCCACAACAGCUCAAUGGGGUUGAGAUCUGGUGACUGUGCUGGCCACUCCAUUACAGACAGCAUACCAGCUGCCUGCUUCUUCCCUCAAUAGUUCUUGCACAAUGUGGAGGUGUGCUUUGGGUCAUUGUCCUGUUGGAGGAGGAAAUUGGCUCCAAUCAAGCGCUGCCCACAGGGUAUGGCAUGGCGUUGCAAAAUGGAGUGAUAGCCUUCCUUAUUUAAAAUCCCUUUUACCUGGUACAAAUCUCCCACUUUACCAGCACCAAAGCAGCCCCAGACCAUCACAUGACCUCCACCAUGCUUGACAGAUGGUGUCUGGCACUCUUCCAGCAUCUUUUCACCUGUUCUGCGCCUGACAAAUGUUCUUCUGUGUGAUCCAAACACCUCAAACUUGGAUUCAUCUGACCAUAACACCUUUUUCCAAUCUUCCUCUGUUCAAUGCCUGUGUUCUUUUGCCCAUACCAAUAUUUUCUUUUUAUUGGCCAGUCUCAGAUAUGGCUUUUUCUUUGCCACUCUGCCUAGAAGGCCAGCAUCCCGGAGUCGCCUCUUCACUGUCGACGUUGACACUGGCGUUUUGCGGGUACCAUUUAAAGAAGCUGCCAGUGUGGCUUUGUGACGCAGCGGCCGCCAGUCAGCGGGAAGGACGUACGAAGCUGCUUCUGCACGUCACCGCGCUGUCAUCAGACAAGAACGCCAAUGCUGGAUUAAAGCAAAACCACGGAUUAUUUCUGGUGCACAUGGGUGACAUUUUUUUAUCUGAUUCUACAAUCUGUAGGUGUCUGUGGCAGCGGGGGGUGUUGAGGCUCGGCUGCAGAGCGGGUGGAGCGGGGGGGUGGUUCAGGGAACGGUGUCUAAUUGGUCUCAGUGUGUGUGUGUCUAUAAAGAAUCAGUAGGAACUGAGGAGCGGGAGAGCAGAGGCACAGUCUGCACUCUUUAAUCAAAGAUAUUACCAAAUAUUGAUCCUGUGUGCUCGUGACAGCCACACACACGUUGCAGUGUCAUAACUACUGCAUGGUUUAAGUUGGGAAAAUGAGCUAGGCUUAGAAUAUAAUCAGGGAUCUUUUAUUAAUACUGGGUUUAUUUAAUAAGGGACAGUGCACAUUGAUAAAAACAUUUCAGUAAAUGUGCCAGAGUUAGCCAAGAGGCUAUUUUUCAUCUGUAGUCCCAAUGAUG